CCUACCUAUCACCUAUUGAUCAAACGGCGAUAUCAUUACCCUCCCAACAACACACGCGACACCACCUACUACCUAUCAACACCUCCUCUCACCAUCCUCAACCAUGCCGACCCCAGCAACCCCCAAAAUAAACUCCAAAUCCCCCACCAUCCGCCGCAUUUGUAUGUUUUUCCCCCCCACCCAAUCCUCUCUCCCUUUCCCGUCACUGACCCUCCUUGCGUUGUGUGUGCAGUAAAAGAAGCCCAAGAACUAACCAACCACCCCUCCCCCUUCUUCCUCGCCUCCCCCCUCGAAACCGACCUCUUCGAAUGGCACUUCACCCUGUUAGGCCCCCCCUCCUCCCCCUACGAGAACGGGCUCUACCACGGCCGUAUCAACCUCCCGCCUUCCUACCCCCUCCGCCCGCCUAGCUUCCGAUUCCUGACCCCCUCCGGCAGAUUCGAAGUAAACAGGGAAAUCUGCCUCAGCAUCAGCGGCCAUCACGAAGAGACGUGGCAGCCUGCUUGGGGGAUUAGGACAGCCUUGGUUGCGUUACGGUCGUUUAUGGAGACGGAUGUCAAGGGGCAAUUAGGGGGGUUGGAAGCGGGAAGCGAAGUGAGGAGACGGUUGGCGGGGGAGUCAAGGGGGUGGGUUUGUGGGGUGGGU